CAUAGCACGUGAUUGAACGAAUCACGUGUCAAUUGAAAGUCAUGAAAAAAGAGGAAAUGAAGACUGGGGAGAAACAUUUGGCAAAUUAAGUUAGCUAACGUUUUAUGUCAGUUAACAUUAAUUACACACUUCUUGCUAAAUGCCUUGUGCAGAUAGUUAGAUUUGAUCUCUGAAGGAAAACAGGAAAGCAAGACAGGAUAAAAAUGCGUGGCUGCCAGCAGUAUAGCUAAGUAAUGAGCAAGCUGUUGAUUACACUACGCUAAUGUUGGAUUUAACUUGACUUUCUGUCCUAUAUCUAUUUAACUAAUCUGAAUGUGGCAUGGAAUACUAAUCGGGUAACCUGCAUUUUCAGUUAGCUACCACAUUGUUGUAACAUCAGGCAGUAAACUGACAUGUUAAAAUGCCUGCCGAAUCUGACACUGGUGGCCACAAUGCUCUGGAGGUUGAACUCCUCCCUAACAACGAGUUUUGUAAAAAUAUUAACGACAUAGUGAAGAUUAAAAUGGCUAAAAGUUGUCCUUUGCUGUGCUGCUUAAAUGGCAACGGCACGUUGACCGUGGCGGACGUUUCAGAGAUCUCUGCCUCCGGAAGAACGAUUGACGGCUCGUACCAAGACUUUGCGUGGGAGGAAGUAACUGUGCAUAAUUCCCUGCGAGGGAGUCCCAGGCUGCUUACAGUCGGGUCUGAAAGUCAACUUUGUGUUUAUGAAAUGGGGACAGAAGCUCUGGCCUUGAGCUCUCCGCCCUGCACAGCAGAGAGCUUUCUGGUGAAGGUGCAGCAGAAGGAGCUGGGAGUGUCCGAGUUGGCUUCCUUGAGGCUGCUGUCCUUCACAGAUGGCAAGUGCUUUGUUCUUCUCAACACCUGCAUUCUGGUGCAGCUGCAAUGGGAGGAGGGGCCCUCCGAGCCAGAGAUCUUGUCCUGCUGUGGCCUUGAUCUCCCCCCUGAUGACCUGGACAAAGCUGCCGAUUACCAGACCUGCAUGGGCACACUCCUCGUGUUGGCUAGCACCGGACACAUCUAUGUCUUUGACAGCGCUGAUGGGAAGCAGCUUGCAGGCGUGGACCUCUGCCCUCUGGCUUCUGACCAGUUGGCUGGGCUGAGUGGGGAUGACAUCACAGCAGCCCUGCCAGCCUUCUGCCUCUUCCAGGUGUCCCAGGACCUCAGCACUGCUGUGGCUGCAACCUCCUCCAACUCUGCACUCGCUGUCAAUCUGAACGAGUAUUUCAGGAGGAACCCUGAGCAUCUGCUCUGCCGUGUGGCCCCGACACGCCCUCCUCUCCAGCCCGACACACCUGCUGACCAGGAUGGGCUCUCUAGUGCAGAACACAGCCGGGCUGUCCUGGGCACCUCCUUCCAUUCGGACCGUUCCUGGGAAGCUCAGUUGUCGUCAAUGUACAACAAGGCCCGAGCUCCGUUGCUGCCUGACCCGGAAACGGCGGCCCCCUGGUUCCGCAACUUCCCUCACCUGGAGUGCCAGCGGGGCGUGGCCGGUGUGAACCCCUCCCAGGGGGCGGCUGCGCUGGGAGGGGCGUCGGUGGCGUUUGAGGUGCCGGAGGGGGCGGUCCCGGCCAUGCUGUCCGUCUCCAGUUUCUCCGUGGUGCUGACCUUCCUGUCUCCUGGGAACGGCGAGGCGGUGGUGGCCUUCUGGGACCUGCAGAGCCAGACUGUCACCUACCACCGUCCCUCCACACCCUGCGCGCCCGUCCAGCGCUGUGCCAACGAGCAGCUCAGUCUGCUUCUCAAAGAGAGCGGCCUGUCUCUGCUCCUCUUCGCCGCGUCCCAGGAGGAGCUGCUCAACAGGCUGAUGGUGUUUGGCAGCGCCGGCACGGUGGACUCCCUCUGCCACCUCAAUGACUGGGGCCGCUGCUCCAUCCCCAUCCACGCCCUGGAGGCCGGGCUCAGAAACCAUCAACUGGAUACUGUCGACUUCUUUCUGAAGAGCAAAGAGAAUAUUCUCCAUCCAUACAGCCUACCUGAGCAGUCUGUUACCAUCACAACCCAGACGCAGUUAAAGAAUGUGCGGGACCUUUGUCCGGCCCUCGAUUUGCUGAGUGCCGCCAUCAGAGACACCCACGCAGAGACCCAGAGCAAGCAGUUCUCCGAGCAGCUGCUCAACAUCACCCUGACCUUCCUCAACACCCAGGUCAAGAAGAUCCUGUCCAACACAGAGGAUCUGGAUGACAGCCUGCAGGAGUGCAUGGACAUUCUGGGCAAGUAUAUCUUUGACCUGCGAGCAUUCAUGAAGAGAUUCCCUUGGGGGCGGACUGUGACUGAUGCCCCGCCUCCUGGCCCUGCCUCCCCGCUCGGGCCUGACGUCUGCCGAGAGGAAGGCUGGAUCCACCUCUCAACUGAAGAGGUGAUUGAACGCGCCGUGAUGACCAAUGAGAUCGCGCGUGCCCAGGCCCACCUGCGGAGCGUCCAGAGCCCGGAGCAGGGGCUGGGGGAGCUGCGGCGGGCGGGGCUGCUGCUGGCCUUCCACUGCCUGACCCGCAGGGACCUGCGCCAGGCCACCGCCCUGCUCAGGAACAUGGGCUUCAAUGUGAAGAAGCAGUUGCACAGCAUAUGCCUCUAUACUGAUGACAGCGACCUGCGGGACUUUGUGGUGGAGGAAUUAUCAAAGCAGAACUACUUACCAGAGGAGGAGGUAAAGAUGGUGGAGUUCAUCAAACGUGUUGGGCGAUUGUGUUCAGAGCCAGCGACGCGGUGCGGAAGCUCUCUCAGCGGCAGGAGAGUCCUGCAGAUGCAGCAGUCUGACCCGCGCUGUGGGGGUCUGCUGGAGUCGCUGCUGAGUGAGGCGGAGCCGCCAUCCCCGCCGGCUCUCUGGAGCUCCGUCAGGCUGGACUGGGUCAGGCACUGGGACCCCAACACCCAGGCCACCAUCCUGCUGUCCCGACUGCAGGACCCGGAGCUGAACUCGUGCGACCCUGCAGUCCUGUGGCUGUACCUCACCUCCCUGCACGACCAGGCGCGGAUCACCCGCUGGAUCGAAAGCCUGCCCCCCCAGGACACCGACCCCACCGCCCCCUCUCUGUGGCCGGUCCUGGCCGCCGCCGUCGUCAAUGACAACACUGCGUGCAGCAGCCAUGCGAGAAACCAGAUCCUGGACAUGCUGGCGAGGAAGGGGGUGUUCGUGGAGGCGGAGCUGUCCGACUUCGAGCAGCUGCUGUGGAGGCUGAGCCAGGCGGGGGGGGUGAUGCAGGCCGCCGUGCCCGUCCCUCACUUCCGCUCGCCUCAGGGCCAAGACUUCCACACCUGCUUCAUCCAGCACUGCCUGGAGCACGAGCUCCGAUACCUGCUCCACGCCUACCUGCGGCACUACCAGCUGACACCCAGAAAUUGCCCAGCUCUGGCUGACAGAAGCUUGUAUGAAAGCCACCCCUGGUUUGAGAUGCUUGUCAGGAUACAGGAGAUUACCAGAAACCUGUCAGACCCUGAGCUGGUGUUCCAGGCCAGCCUGACCAACGCCCAGAUCCUGACUCCGGGCAGUCAGGCCAGCAUCAGCAGCAUGCUGCUGGAGGGCCACAGCCUGCUCGCCCUCUCCACCAUCAUGUUUGCCCCGGGGGGCAUCGACCAGGUGGUGAGUCAGAGGCGUGGAGAGGGCGACCCGCAGUGGAGAGUGGACCUCCAGCUCCUGAAGAUGGCCUUGAGCCCGUACCCCAAACUGAAGUCGGCCCUGUUCCCCCAGAGUUCACCUCGUGGCACCCCUCCCCCCGACACCACGAUCUACCACCUCAUGCAGUCUUUGCAUCCUCUGGAUCCUUCCAGGUUGUUUGGUUGGCAGUCAGCCAACACAUUAGGCCCCACUGACCCAUCGGCAGAGCUGCCUCAUUUCUCCAGCCCUCACCUGGUCAGCAAGUACGCCCUGGUGGAGAGCCUGGACUUCCUGUACUACCUCCGCCACGGACGGCCCUCCUUCGCCUUCGGGACCUUUCUGGUGCAGCAGCUGGCGACUUCCAACAGCCUGGCCUCGCAGCUGCGGCAGGCCGCGGAGCAGGCCUACAGCCUGGGCCUCCUGCACUUCAGCACCCCGUCCGUGGCGGUCGCCUGCGUCUGCUUCUGCGAGCUCCUGGGGGCCAGCAGCCUGAAGCUGCGGGUGGACCUCAACGCCCUGGCCCUCAUCCUCAAGCACUGGAGCCAGAGUGCAGAGGAGGACCGGCAGGCCUCCCUGAGGGACGCUCUAGCUGAUAAGGGCAGUAAGCUUGUGGAGGCGGAGAGGCGGACAGCGGAGGAGUUGCUGGUUCAUUUGGAGGAUGCUGUGAAGGACGCUGUGGAGAAGAAGGACAUUGGCAGGUCCUCCUACGAGGCGGGAAAGGAGUGGGCGUUGGCGGUGCAGUUCUGUCAGCUCCACGACCUGCCCCUGAGCGCGGUGUACCCACGCGACUGCGCUGCCGACGCCCAGUGGCUCCACUUCCUGCUCUUCAUCCAGCUGCACAGCUACCCCCCGCAGCAGGUGCGGUCCCUGGUUUCCCAUUUCAGCCCCACGCUGCAGGCCCACCUCUCGCUGGCCUUCCAGCACCUCCAGCUGCGGUCUCAGUGGGAGCAGGAAGGGGGCCCAGGCUGGCAGCAGACUCUGCCCAGCGAGGAGGCCUCAGACCCCCCCAGGGACCUCUUCCAGGUGCUGCUGCGGAGCCAGGGCCAGACCAGCGCCUGGAGGUACCUGCUGGCUGAAGCCAUGGACCAGCGCUGCCCCACCCUCACCGUGCUGGCCGCUUGCCACCAGGAUGCCGAACUGCUCCAGUGCCUGUGCGUGUGGGUGCUAACAUCUGUGGAUGAUGUCACCGCUGAGGAAGCCUCCGCCCACAUCGGCGAGAGCCUGAGACAGCAUGAUUGGAACCUCCACGACCUGUCAAUCAUCUGGAAGACCCUGCUAAAGAAACGCAAAAUCAGGCCCCUGAUAAGAGGAUUCCAGUUAUUUCAAAGGGACUGCCCUCUGAUCCACAUGUUGCAAAUGUACGAGUUGUGCUACGACUGCAAGAACUACCCAGAAGCCAAGAAGAAAUUGGAGGCGUUCCAGAAGUGUUUGCUGAAUCUGAAGAGCAGCAGCACCCAGUCUCCGGGGGGCGUCCCGGUGCAGUGGGCGGAGUCCCAGGCCUCGGUCCUGCUGCUCGGCGUGCUGCAGCAGUGCGCCACGCAGUACGAGCUGCGCAAGCUGCUGCAGCUGCUGGCAGACGUGGAGCACCUACUCAAGUCCAAUGGUCCCGAUUUUAAGAAGCUGAGCCAACUGAGCCAGAUACUGCAGGACACCCCAGUGCCCCUGAGCCACUGCCUCCUGGAGAGCAGUUCCACCGAGGUCCUGCAGGGGGAGUGCCUGAGCAUGCUGGAGCAGCUGCAGGAGACUGGCCUCUUUGCCCAAGCCAGGCAGGUGGCAGAGUUAGCGGGCCUGCCCAUUGAUGGAGUGGUGAUUAAUGAGCUCCUGCAGGACCUGCGCAGCCUGAAAGCCAAGCGGCAGUGGGAGAGGAAGGAGGCGCGAGUGGCCUUCUGGAGGAGGUGCCACGAGCAGUUCCGGAGCAACGGGAUGGGCGGGGAGGCCGCGUCCCAGUUCUUCCUGUCCCAGGCCCAGCAGUCGGAGCCCGCCCCCCACAGCCCCGCCGCCACGGAGCUCCUGUGCGUCCAGGAGAAGUGCCUCCUGCUGGCCAUGGCGGGACACUGGCUGUCCCAGCUCAGCCCCGCCCCCCUGGCCCAGCUGCAGGACAUGGAGAAGAGGGUGUGGCUGUGCCGCGUGCGCCAGAAGGUCCUCCUCUCCGCCAUGGAGAAGGAGAGCCUGUUCGCCCUCCCCGUCAUGGCUGCGGGGGACAACUCCUUUGAGGAGGCCAUCAAGGAGUUCUCCUUCACCAAGACAGCGGCACUCGACAGCCCCGCCCACAUGAGCCUGGAGGCCCCGCCCCCGGGCGAGGCGGAGGGGGCCGGCGGCGGCGCGGGGGCGGACCCGGCCGAGGAGCGGGCCCUGACCACGCUGGUGGGGCAGCUGCUGGACGAGGGCUGCAUCAACGAGGCCAGCCGCGUGUGCCGCUACUUCUCGCUGCGCCACCGCGACCUGACGCUGGUGCUGUACUGCCGCGCCCUGGCGGCCGGCGAGGUGGCCGUGGCCCAGCUGCAGGCCGAGCUGCAGGGCGUUCUGAGCGCUGCCAGCUCUCCGGACUCAGAGGGGCUCAUAAAGAGGAGCUUUCCCAGCUCGUCUAGUUUUGGCAGUCUUUCCUCCUUCGUGGUAGUGUCCCACCCAGAGGACGAAGUGGUCACCCAGCUGCAGAUGCUGACAGACGAGUGUCACCACGGAAAGAGCUACUGCAAACAGGUCCUGAGCCUGUACGAGCUCUCUAAGGAGCUGAAGUGCGCCUACACAGAGAUCUCUGCAGAGGAGCCGCAGACCGUGCUGUGCAAGGUGCUCCUGUCCCAGCAGCCUGACCGCUACAAGAAGGCCCAGGCCUUCAUCGCCGUGCAGAACCUGCGGCCGGAGGCCGUGGCUGAGAUCGUCUCCAAGGCCGUGGUGCAGGGUCUGCUGGCCGACGCCCAGGACAAAGAGCCUGCAGGGAAGCAGAUCUACUGUCCCUCAGAUGGGAGGGAGGCCUUCCUGCAGCUGGCCAAGCUCUGCGGGGAUCCCAACCUCGUCGGCACCAACCUGCUGGACAACAUCUCCGGAAUUCCCCUUGGGGAGCUGGGCUGCACUGUGGAGCUGUUGAUUCUGGCCCACGACUGCUUCAGCCUCACCUGCAACAUGGAGGGCAUCAUGCGUGUCCUGCAGGCCGCCCGUCACCUCAGCCACACCCACCUGGCCCACAGCGAGCGCUACGGGCUGCUGGUGCGACUCCUCACGGGCAUCGGCAGGUACAACGAAAUGACCUACAUCUUCGACCUGCUGAGCCAGAACCACCGCUUCGAGAUGCUGCUGAGGAAGAAGGUGGAGUCGAACACCAGACUGAAGACGGCCUUACUGGACUACAUAAAGCGCUGCCUGCCAGGAGACAGCGAGAAGCACAACAUGGUGGCGCUGUGCUUCAGCAUGUGCCGCGAGAUCGGGGAGAACCAUGAGGGCGCGGCCCGCACCCAGCUCAAGCUGAUCCAGUCCCAGGCCUGGGCAGUGACACCAGAACUCAGAAACGCGUUGACAAAGGUCCUCACGCUGCUGAAAGAUGCUGCGGAGAGCUAUUCUAAGGACUCGUGCGUGCGCCAGGCCGUGCGCUGCGUGAAGCUGGCCAAGCUGGUCACCCUGCAGCUCCACUUCCUCAACCACGGGCUGGGCCAGCGUGUCAUCAACCUGAGCCCCGCUGAGCUCCUGGACGCCGUGGUGGCCCUCCCCCGCUGCUACCAGGCAUUCAUCAUUGCGGAGGCCUAUGAUUACACCCCUGACUGGGCAGAGGUGCUCUACCAGAAAGUCCUCCUGAAAGGAGAUUUUUCCUACCUGGAGGAGUUCAAGCACCACAGGCAGCUGCAACCCAGCCUGUUUGAGGAAAUAUCCAAAAAAUUUGCACUUUCAAAGCCCCCCACCAGUGCCAGCCAGAAUCUGAAGAAGCUUCUGAAGCACUGUGAGGAUGUCUACACCUACUACAAGCUGGCCUAUGAUCACGAGUUCUUUGACAUUGCCAACAUGCUUCUCCAGGACUCAAAAACUAGCAGUUACUUGAAAGACAAACUCGCCAGCUGAUGUUAUGUGGAACAAACUGAGUGCCACUGGAUGUCUUGUUGUGUAUAAAGUGUAUAAACUUCCUUCUCUAACAUUUAAAAAAAAAAAAAAAAUUUUGAUGAAGAAUUUUGUCAAAUUAUUUGUAUUUUCAACUCAUUGAUACAAAACCUUAAACCUCUGGAAGAAUAUGUUUAAGAUGUAUUCUUUCAGAGUCUGUCAGUUACAUAUAAAUAAUCUAUCUUUAUUAUGUGCAUAAAUUAAAAACAAGGCUAUAGGCAUGCCACGCUUCUAUCCGAUUUCUUUCAUAGCUAACCUGAUCUUAUCUUGUGGUGAUUGCUGCACAUUCAGACAAAUACAUUUUUAGGUCUGA